GGCUAAAUGGUCAAUUUGGUCUUGUACAUAAGGUUUGUCUAUCGUAUUUAAGAAGUUUCUUUGUAUAGAGUGAUAGGCUUAGUGGCGGCAUGGAACACCACUCACAAUUCCAACCCUUUUCCGACACCUUGAUGAUGGACGGUAUCCAUGCUUGUCGUUUGCUCAGCACACCUACACUUCACGUACUCAUGCACAUCCAGUACUUAUGAUCGAACCACCGCCAUCACCACCAACCCAGCCAUCCAUAGCUGCACAACGCCAUGCAAAUUCCCCUCCGUACCUUGCAGCCACGUCCCAUCUCGACCAUCCGGCCAUUCUGUCCUGCCGUCCCGACAGCAGCAGGGGGAGGAGCCAGCCAGCCAGCCAAGUAGCCAUCCCGAGACCAGACCCCGACGUAUGCAGAACUGCAGAGCUGCAUACAAGCAAGCAGGAAAGUUUCUGCUCAGUCGUUUGUAGAAAGGCCAGGCUAGGCUGACGUUGGCCCGAUCCUCUAGUUAAAUCCCGACAGGCGCAAGGGCCCG